GGCGGCGGCGGCAGUGUGCAUAUGGGCUGGAGCCGGGGGCUGAAGCAUCCGGGCCGAACUGCGCAGAGAUGCGGUGCAACUAAACGCGACAUGCGGACACACCGCCCCGCUUCCCACCGGGUAUCAUGGUCAAAACAACGUUGAGAUAAUUAUUAUUUUUUUUUUGCGUGUGUUUGUUUUGAAAUGGCGGCGCUGAAGGCGAGGUGAGCAGCUCCGUUGCUCGGGGGGAGUGCGCACUUUUUUUUUUUCCCCCCUCUCUCGCUGUUUUGCCGGGGCAACUAGCAAACACAGAUAAAUCCGCUUUUUGUUCUCUUUCCUACCGAUUAUUGUAUGAGGAGCCAUGACGACGGGGCAGGAUGAAAGCUCAGUCCGUGUGGCACUGAGGAUUCGUCCUCAGCUGGCCAGGGAGAAAAUCGAGGGAUGUCACAUCUGUACAUAUGUGAUGCCCGGGGAGCCUCAGGUGAUCCUGGGGAAAGACAAGGCCUUCACCUAUGACUAUUUGUUCGACAUGGACUCCCAGCAGGACUCCAUCUACACCACCUGCACCGAGAAGCUGAUCGACGGCUGCUUCGAAGGCUACAACGCCACCGUCUUUGCAUAUGGACAGACGGGUUCAGGGAAGACCUACACCAUGGGGACGGGCUUCGACGUCAACAUUGUCGACGAGGAGCUGGGCAUCAUCCCCCGUGCCGUCCAUCACCUCUUCAAAGGCAUCGAGGAGCGCCGACAAGCCGCCCAGGAGCAGGGACGCCCCGUACCAGAGUUCAAGAUCAACGCCCAGUUCCUCGAGCUUUAUAAUGAGGAAGUUCUGGACCUGUUUGACUCCACACGAGACAUGAAGCAGAAAUCUCACGUCAAGAUCCACGAGGAUGCCACCGGGGGAAUCUACACAGUGGGAGUGACCGCACGGACCGUGUCCUCCGAGGCCGAGAUGAUGCAGUGCCUGAAGCUGGGCGCUCUGUCUCGCACCACAGCCAGCACACAGAUGAACGUCCAGAGCUCUCGAUCACACGCCAUCUUCACCAUCCACCUGUGCCAAGUCCGCGUUUGUGCCUCCGACAAUCAAGAAAACGAGACCGAUAACAGAGUCUCCAAUGGAAACUCUGAGAUGGACGAGUACGAGACGCUGACAGCCAAGUUUCACUUUGUGGACCUGGCCGGUUCCGAGAGGCUGAAGAGAACCGGAGCGACGGGCGAUCGAGCCAAAGAGGGCAUCUCCAUCAACUGUGGACUGCUCGCUCUGGGGAAUGUAAUCAGUGCUUUGGGCGACCGGGGCAAGCGGGCCUCACACGUGCCUUACAGAGACUCCAAACUCACCCGACUUCUGCAGGACUCAUUAGGAGGAAACAGCCAAACAGUGAUGAUCGCGUGCAUCAGCCCAUCAGACCGCGACUUCAUGGAGACGCUGAACACAUUGAAGUACGCCAACCGAGCCCGGAACAUCAAGAACAAGGUGAUGGUGAACCAGGACAAGGCCAGCCAGCAGAUCAGCGCUCUGAGGACGGAAAUAGCUCGACUGCAGAUGGAGCUGAUGGAGUACAAGACGGGUAAACGCUUGGUGGGUGAGGACGGUGUGGAGAGCUUUAGCGAUAUGUUCCACGAGAACUCCAUGCUGCAGACAGAGAACGGCAACCUGAGGGUGCGGGUGAAGGCCAUGCAGGAGACCAUCGACGCUCAGAGGGCGCGGCUCACCCAGCUGCUCAGUGACCAGGCCAACCAGGCCCUCGCCAGGGCAGGUGAAGGAGGUACGGAGGAAAUUGGAAACAUGAUUCAGAGCUACAUUAAAGAGAUCGAAGACCUCAGAGCCAAACUCCUGGAGAGCGAAGCUGUGAACGAGAACCUGAGGAAGAAUCUGUCUCGCGCCUCCAACCGCCAGUCGUUCUACGGAGGGCCCGGCUCCUUCUCCUCCUCGCUGCUGGCCCCGGAGAAGGAGACUUCUGAUAUCAUCGAACUGGCCAAGAAAGACCUGGAGAAACUGAAGAAACGAGAGAAAAAGAAAAAGAAGAGUGCCAACAAGGAGGAGAUUCCCGACAACGAGCAAGAAAAGGGCACCGAGAAGGAGAUGGCCGAGCGAGCCAACGAGGACGCAGAAAUGGAGGUCCAGGAGGGCAGCGACCAUGAGGAAGGAGAAGAGGAGGAGGAGGAGGAAGAGGAGGAGAUGGAUGUGGAAGAGAGCUCUGAUGAUUCUGACUCCGAGUCAGAUGAAAAAGAGAACUUCCAAGCCGACCUGGCCAACAUCACCUGUGAGAUCGCCAUCAAGCAGAAGCUGAUUGACGAGCUGGAAAACAGCCAGCGGCGUCUUCACACGCUCAAACAGCAGUACGAACAGAAGCUGAUGAUGCUGCAGUGCAAGAUCAGGGACACCCAGCUGGAGAGGGAUCGUGUCCUCCAAAACAUGACUUCAGUAGAAAGCGGCACAGAGGACAAGGCUCGCAAAAUCAAGGCUGAGUACGAGAAGAAGCUGAGCGUCAUGAACAAGGAGCUUCAGAAGCUGCAGUCUGCUCAGAAGGAGCACGCCCGCCUGCUGAAGAACCAGUCACAGUACGAGAAGCAGCUGAAGAAGCUUCAGAUGGAUGUGGCAGAAAUGAAGAAGACGAAGGUCCGUCUCAUGAAGCAGAUGAAGGAGCAGCAGGAGAAGAACAGGAUGAACGAAUCUCGCAGGAACCGAGAAAUUGCUACAUUGAAGAAAGACCAGCGAAAGCAAGAGCAUCAGCUGAAGUUACUUGAGGCUCAGAAGAGGCAGCAGGAGCUCAUUCUGAGGAGGAAGACUGAGGAGGUGACGGCUCUGAGGAGGCAGGUCAGGCCCACCUCAGGUAAGGUCAUCAGGAAAGUCAGUCUCCCCGAACCUGCCCAGGAUUCCGCCCACAGACCUCCAUCUGGACGUAUGUACUCCUCCGGCAACGUAGCUCCCAACGGUACUCGUUCUUCCUACAGGCGCACCGUAGGCGUUUACUCCACCAGAGUUGCUCGUAAUAAGUGGCAGUCUCUGGAGCGGCGCAUCUGUGACGUCAUCAUGCAGAGGAUGACCAUCUCCAACAUGGAGGCCGACAUGAACCGCCUCCUCAAGCAACGGGAGGAGCUGACCAAACGUAAGGAGAAGGUCAUCAGGAAGAGGGAGCGACUGGUCAGGGAGGGGCCGGAGGCGGAGAAGGCAGUGCCCCCCCUCAACGAAGAAGUGGAUGCACUGACGGCCAACAUCGACUACAUCAACGACAGCAUCGCAGAAUGUCAGGCCAACAUUAUGCAGAUGGAGGAAACCAAGGAGGAGGGUGACACCGUGGACGUCUCCGCUGUGAUUGGUUCUUGCACCCUGGCAGAGGCCCGUUUCCUGCUCGAUCAUUUCAUGUCAAUGGCCAUAAACAAGGGUCUGCAGGCAGCUCAGAAGGAGUCCCAGGUGAAGGUGAUGGAGGGCAGGCUGAAGCAGACGGAGAUCACCAGCGCCACGCAGAACCAGCUGCUCUUUCACAUGCUGAAGGAGAAAGCCGAGUUCAACCCGGAGCUGGACGCCCUGCUGGGGAACGCUCUGCAAGAGCUAGGUAACAUCCCCGCUGAAAAUGGGGACGAUAGCAGCAGUGACGAGUCUGCCCAGAGCCCUUCAGCAGAGGGAACCUCUUUAGCAUCAGAUCUCAUGAAACUUUGUGGAGAGACCAAAACGAGGAGUAAGGCUCGUAGGAGGACCACCACUCAGAUGGAGCUGCUGUACGCGAACUCUGACUCCGCUCCCGACGCGCCCACUGCAGACUUCUCCAGCCCGAUGCUGCCGCUAGUUGAAACGUCAGAAGGGGGAGGAGACACGGAGACGUCAGGCUCCUCAGUCAGGGACUACACAGCUCUCUCCCCCGGCUUUUCCUCUAAAAUGGGCAGCAUUUCUGGCUCCAGAACCUCGUCAGGGGUGGAAAAGCGAGCUCCGGAGCCUUCCCCGCUCUCUCGCAGGAAGACCUAUGACAAGGCGCUCGCAGCGGCCGACAAGGCAAAAGCCAAGGAGAUUAAACAGUGUGUGUUUUUCAGGGGCGUCAUCAGCCCGGUGCCAUCCACCAAGAGCAGCCGGUCAGCGACGUUGCAGUGUGUCCACGUGGCGGAGGGACACAGUAAAGCCGUUCUCUGUGUCGACUGCACCGAUGACCUUCUCUUCACCGGAUCCAAAGACCGGACCUGUAAGGUUUGGAACCUGGUGACGGGUCAGGAGAUAAUGUCCCUGGCCGGUCACCCCAACAACGUGGUGUCGGUCCGCUACAGCUCCAGUUUGGUCUUCACUGUCUCAACCUCCUACAUCAAAGUCUGGGACAUCCGGGACUCGGCCAAGUGCAUCCGAACGCUAACGUCCUCCGGUCAGGUCAAUGUCGGGGACGUCUGUGCGUCCAACACCAGCCGAACUGUCACCAUCCCAGCAGGAGAGAACCAGAUCAACCAGAUCGCUCUCAACCCCAACGGGACGGUUCUGUACGCCGCCGCCGGGAACUCAGUCAGAGUCUGGGAUCUGAGAAGAUUUGCAUCUACGGGGAAACUUACUGGUCACCUCGGUCCAGUAAUGUGUCUGACCGUGGAUCAGUCCGGAAACAACCAGGACCUGGUGAUCACCGGCUCCAAGGACCAUUACGUUAAGCUGUUCGAUGUGACCGAAGGCUCUCUGGGGAGCAUCGGCCCUACGCACAACUUUGAACCGCCACACUACGACGGUAUCGAGUCACUGGUGGUGCAGGGGGACAUUUUCUUCAGCGGCUCCCGGGACAACGGCAUCAAAAAGUGGGACCUGGACCGCAAAGACCUGCUGCAGCAAGUCCCAAACGCUCACCGCGACUGGGUGUGUGCGCUGGGCGUCGUCCCCGGCUCCCCGGCCCUGCUCAGCGGCUGCAGAGGCGGGGUGCUCAAGCUGUGGCACACGGACACGCUGGGGACCCUGGGGGAGCUCAAGGGUCACGAGAGCCCCAUUAACAGCAUCUCUACCAACAGCAGCCACCUGUUCACUGCUUCAGACGACCGGACCGUGAAGAUCUGGCGUGCGCGCGGCGGACUGGACAGCACCUCAGAGGCGGGCGACAACGCGGACGAGGUGGCGAGUAACUGAGCGCAGCGCCACCCGCUGGGUUUGACUCCGGAAGGACACUGACGGCAUCCUUUGAUGCCGCUUCCCUGCACUUUGACCCCUGACUUCUGAAGCCCAAUGCUCAUCGCCAUAUAACCUUUAUAACUGCACCAAGAGGAAACACUACUCCAAAGUUCAUCUCAAGAGAAACCUACAGAAUAGUUGCUUUGUUAGACUCUAUUCUCAGAGGGUCCUGCUAAUCAGAUCUAGUUCACUGUAUCUUUAAGGAGUCUUUGCAGUAUAAACUUUUUUUUUUCCUCUUUUGCGCUGUCGACAGUUCUUCACUGAUGACAUUGAUUGAAGAGUUUUAACACUCAGAAAAUAUCCCUGCAGCUCAGCAUAUAUUCAGCGCUGUGCCAGGAAACAGUACACAAACACACACACACACACACACUUACACUUACCCAGGGAGAAGGGUAGCAGUGUGCUUUGUUAGAGUAGGGAAACACAGACAGGAAGUUGAGCGUUAGAGGAGAUAAAUGCGGCAGAGCUAACAGGUUGGUAGCUGGUCUUCACAACCCCGUUCUCCAGUUUCUUGGGACUGUUCCUCUGCCCUCGAAGCAGAACCAAUGUCCCCGCGCUCCUUUUCCCCACCGUUAACAAAAGUGGCUUUACUGUAUGUGACAGAGACAAAUCACCGUUCCCCUUAACUUCCCCCUCCUGCUUUUGUGCUCCUCUUUUCAAUUUCUGCAGCUGCUUCAGAUGAGCAACCAAAAUCGUGCAACUCGUUGUCUUUGCUAUCCUGCACUGCCCUCGUGAACAGAACACACUUUUAUAGCAACAGUCCCACUUCAAGCAGGAGUUUGACAUUUUGGGAAACGCUGAGAACGUCUUGUUCGUUUGAUAACGAAACCCUACGGUAACAAUGACAGUUUGCGCUCUCAAAGGGACUAUUUCUUAGCCAGGCUCAGUAACUUCCUUUUCCAUGUCCAUUUUCAGCCAGAGGUAGGCUAGGUAUGCCCCCCCCCCUCAUUUCCAUUAUUUAUGCUAAGCUAAGCUAACUGGCUGCCAGCUGUAGCUUCAUAUUUACUGCAGUGGUAUUGAUCUUCUCGUCAAACUCUGAGCAAGAAAGCAAGUAAACGUAUUUCCCAAAAUGUCGAACUAUUCCUUUAACUCUAGAGCACUUGUGAAAACAGACGUGAGUAAUAUUUGACGCACAUUUAAUCCUUCUUAAUGUUAGCAGGUUCGACGUUUGAGAAUAUUCUACACUUGUUGUCCCGGUUUCAUCGUAUGUAAAAAA